GAAUUUUUCCCAAAGCAGAAUCAGUGAUUUCUUGUGGGUCUUUCAACAAGAGCAUGUUUCGGCUAACUUUACUUUGCGCUUUAAUCGCUUCGGCCCUCUGCUACCCUCAAGAAAGGGUUGUCGGAGGCCACGAUGCUGACCAGUCUGAAUAUCCGUUUAUUGUUUCAUUGCGCUCUGCAACGGGCUCUCAUAGUUGUGGUUCAUCCAUUUUGAGUGAAUAUUGGAUCCUUACUGCCGCCCACUGUGUAAGCUCCGCUAAACCUUCUUCAAUCAGCAUCCAAUAUGGCGUUACCACAAUCGCCUCUAAAGGACCAAAUGUAGCAUCGGUUGCCGAAAUCAUUGUCCAUGAGGGAUACAACCCAUCCAACUCAUACAUCAAUGAUAUUGCACUUGUUCGUCUGGCUAGCCCGUUGCCAAUUGGAUCAGAAGUAAACGCUGUCAAAUUGCCUCCAUCGUAUACUGAAGUUUCUGGACGAACUUUCGCCACCCUUAUUGGGUGGGGUUUGGACAAGACCGGCGGAUCCAUCCAGACACAUUUGCAACAAGUUGACUUGGUCACUUUUGAUAAUCCCGAAUGCUCUUCGUUGCAUUACAAUAAAAUCCAUGCUUCCAACAUUUGCGCUGGAGUUCCUGAAGGCGGUAAGGGGCAAUGCAGCGGUGAUUCUGGCGGCCCACUCCUAAUCAACGGUUACCAACAUGGCAUUGUUUCAUGGAGCGUUAAGCCUUGCACUGUUGCACCAUAUCCAGGUGUUUACACCAAGGUUUCACAUUACGUCGAUUGGCUCCGUACUAAGACUGGACUCAAUUUGUAAAAUGUAUAUUGAUACAUUGAUACAUAUGUACACAAAUAUAACGAUCAAACAGCAUUAAUAUAUGA